CUUUCCUCUGGCGGGUAGGGACCAGGGGCUUUAACCUGGGUCCUUGAGCACUGUAAUGUGUGCACUCAACCAGGUGCACCACCACCACCACCCAGCCCCAUCUAUCCUGAUUUCUAAAGUGAAUACCUGUCUUCCCUCAUGUUCUCUGUAGAGAACCUGAUGCCAUUCUAUGCUCGCAGAAGGGCAGAAGGGUGUGUCCUGGGUCAGCUGAAUGUUCAUAUAAAUGUCCUCAGCCUUGAAAAGAACAUCUUGUUCUGCAGCCGGAUGAUAUUGAAACAUUAAUUACAGAAUUUACAGCCCUGCUUUCUUCUACAAUGUCUGAAGAAGAAGUAACCUACACAACACUGGUCUUUCAGGAUCCGGCCAGAUCUGGAAACUACCGAGAUAGAAAUAACCUAAAGAAAAGAGGGUAUCAGUUUCUCUCCCCAAUAUGGCGUCAGACUUCCCUGCUGGUUCUGCUGGUUCUCUGUCUCAUGAUGCUCAUUGGAUUGGUGACCUUGGGGAUUAUGUUUCUGCAGGCAUCUAAUGAAAUUAACUCUGAUUCCGAAAAGUUGAGUCAACUUCAGAAAGUCCUCCAUCCUGGACAAGAUAACUCAUCCCAGGAGGUGAACAUCUAUAGGAACUUUCCCACAGAGGAAGAAUUUCUCAAAGCUCAGAUCUCCAAGCUAUUGAAAAGGCAGCACCAGAUGGCCAUCAAACUCUGCCAAGAGCUAAUCACUCACAAGUCAGACCAUAAAUGCAAUCCUUGUCCUAAGGCUUGGCAAUGGUACCAAGACAGCUGCUACUAUUUCAUAACAAAUGAGGAGAAAACCUGGAUUAACAGUAGAGAAGAUUGCCUGGAGAAGAACUCCACUCUGGUGAAGAUAGAUAGCAUGGCAGAAAAGGAUUUCCUUAAAUCCCAGUCUUCACCCAGAUACUCUUUCUUCUGGUUGGGAUUAUCAUGGGACCCAUCCUGCAGAAGUUGGCUUUGGGAGGAUGGUUCUCUCCCUUCUCCAUUCUUAUUUAGUACUACAGAAUAUGCCCAGAUCAAUGGGUCCAAAAGAUGUGCCUACUUGGAAAAUGGAAAUAUUUAUAUUUCCCGCUGCAGUGCUGAGAUUUCUUGGAUUUGUGAGAAGGCAGCUACGUUAGUGAAGAUUGAAGAUUUGGAUUAAUGUACCUCUUUCAAAUUCACCAAAAAAUUAAAAAAAAUGUGUCCCAGAAGCCUACCUCUCCAGAGCCCUAUCCCACUAGGGAAAGAGAAAUAAGCUGGGAGUACGGAUCAAUCUGCUAAUGUCCAUGUCCAGCAGAGAAGCAAUUACAGAAGCCAGACCUUCCACUUUCUGCACCCUGUAAUGAUCCGGGGUCCAUGCUUUCAGAAGGAUAAAGAACAGAAAGCUUCCAAUGGAAAGCAAGGGAUAUGGAACUCUGGUGGUGGGAAUUGUACCCCUCUUAUCCUACAGUUUUGUUGAUCAUUAUUAACAAUUAAAAAAAUAAAUUUUAAAGAAAAAUAACAAUAACGAUCUUUUCCAUCAUUCAAGGAUACAGUAUACUUCUCUCACUUUUACUCUAUUCAACUCUAUUCAUGUGGUGUUGUUUUUCUAGAGAGAAAAAAAGAAAAAAAAUCAUAAAAGUGAAAUUAGACGGGUCAACAAAUUAGUUAAAAAUAAACUUAU